AUGGCUUAUAAUGACAAAGAACAGGAGGAUAGAAGCUUUGAUGGACUCCAGGGUAUAGUCUUUCUCCUUUUUGGUGUUUUAUCCGUGUUUGGAAACAGUAUUCUCUUGUUUGUAGCAUACUGGAACAAGCACACCCUUAAACCUGCUGAAUAUUUCAUAAUAAACUUGGCUGUCAGUGACCUUGGAAUGGUAUUAACUCUAUUACCACUGGCCAUACCAUCAUCUUUUGCACACAGAUGGUUGUUUGGUCAUGGAACAUGUAUCUAUUAUGCAUUUUGUGGUGUGUUAUUUGGUAUCUGCAGUCUUACUAACCUGACAGUAUUGGGUGUAGUCUGCUGCAUGAAGGUUUGUUACCCUGCAUAUGGCAACAGAUUUACAUCAGAAUAUGCAUAUCUCCUAAUGACAUUUGCUUGGGCAUAUGCUUCCAUAUUUGCCAUCUCCCCUCUUGCAAAUUGGGGUCAUUAUGGACUGGAGCCUUAUGGGACUGCUUGUUGCAUAGAUUGGAAUGCACCAACUACAGAUUCCAAUGCAACAUCCUAUAUUGUAGCACUUUUUGUGUUUUGCUAUGUCUUCCCAUGUUGUAUAAUCACUACGUCAUACACUCUCAUCCUGUUAACAAUAAAAGGAUCAAGAAGAGCAGUGCAACAGCAUGUAUCUUCACAAACAACCUCGAGCAAUGUUCACAAUCUAAUUGUAAAGUUAAGUGUGGCUGUAUGCAUUGGAUUCUUAAUAGCAUGGACCCCGUAUGCAAUUACAGCAAUGUGGGCAGCAUUUGGGAACAGUGACAAGGUUCCACCACUAGCGUUUGCUCUGUCUGCUAUAUUUGCAAAAUCAUCUACGUUAUAUAACCCAAUUGUACAUCUGCUGUUUAAACCAAACUUCCGAAAAUGUUUGAACAAAGGCAUGGCACAUUUACUCAAUCUGUGCAGCUGGCAGAAUCAACCCUGCAACAGAGGAUCAGACCAGUCUGUAAAAUCAGCUCGCAACCAGAUCAGAUUGAAUUCUUGCAAGCCUCCAAGUAGAUUUGUGGAUCUGCAGGAUGCCUACAAUACAUGCAGUAAUACGUUUGAAAGUUUCAGUAACCAUUCAAAAUCUCAGAGUCCAGGAGGAUCUACAUGUAGAGAUGGCACUGAUAUUUCAAGUGAUAACAGUACAACACAUAGUCACGUGAAAACCACUACCUUUGUGUUGGGCAACCUUUUCACACAGAGGGUGGUACGUGUAUGGAAUGAGCUG